UCUUCCUUCCUGGCCUUGCCUGCGGCCUGGCAGGCUGAAGUCCGCUCAGCAGCCAGCCGCACGGCGUGUCGCGGCUUUCUCGCGAGGCCAGGCUGGGUCACCCGGAUGGGCCGUGCGCUUUUCUGGUAGACGAUGCUGAAACGUGUGUGGGGAAACCCUCUUUGAUUCCAGGUGAAAACAGGAACUGGCUGUCUCAGCCUGCCAAGGAGGUAGGAGGUAGGAAAAAAUGUCUGCCCCAUCAGCUCCCAACCACCCGGCGAUGGCACCCCCUUCGUAUGAAGAGACCACGGGGUUCAACAAUUCGGCGCCUUACCCUUACCCUGUGCCCGGGUACGGGACUGGGCCAGCGACAAAAGGGGGGCAGGUGCCACCAUACCCCACCCAACCUUAUCCGCCUCAACCUGGCCCCAUGCCAGGAGCUCCCCCUGUCACCGUCCAAGCAGUUUACGUCCAGAAUCCUGUGCUUUUCCAUGACCGUCCCGUACAGAUGACCUGCCCAUCCUGCAGCAAGCUGAUCGUGACGCGCAUCUCGCACAAUGCGGGGGCGCUGGCCUGGCUGUCGUGCGGAGGCCUCUGCCUGCUGGGGUGCUGGUUAGGCUGCUGCCUCAUCCCUUUCUGCGUGGACCCGCUCCUCGAUGUGGACCACUCUUGCCCGAACUGCAACGCUCUCCUUGGCUCCUACAAGCGCCUUUGAGCGAGCAUGCCGGCAUCCGGGCAGCGCCCUGGGCUGGCGUCUUCGCAUGCCUUUCCUUUGGACUGCACGGAAAUCACUUUAUGGCGUGAUUUUUUUUCAUUCCCCUCUUUUCAAACCUGCGCGUUCAAGAAGACGUGGUUCCUUUGGGAAAACGUGUGCCACGUCUGGGCCCCUGUGUCGCUCUUCUAUUCUCUCCAAAUGCGCGCCUGUUCUGUCCUGCAGAGAAUCAUUCGGGCACUGUUUGUUCUGUCCAUGUUGGACGCCUUGUGCCACCGAGUGAAGGGACAGCCCGGUUCCUGACACUUAGCACGCCUUUUCCCUUAAGCUCUGUGUCACAAACCUGUUCCCCUGUGUUCUUCCACACAACCCAGGUUCACUUUUGGGUAUGAAAUUUAUUUUUCAACCCUUUUUCCACUGCCACCAGAAGAGU